AUGUCCGCCGUCUUGCGGAAUCCCUGCGGGGUUCAGCCCCUCCCUGCCCUGCACUCAGGCCUGAUCCAGCUGGAGGGGUUCCUGAGCGGGAUGUGCUGCAGCUGCGAGGCAGUGUACCGUGUGCUGUACUGGGAGAACCCCACUGUCUCUUCACAGUUUUAUGGGGUGCUUUUGUGCUCUGUCUGCAUCCUUUACCUGUUGCCUCUCUGCUGGGUCCUGGCCAUCCUCAACAGUACCCUCUUCCUGGGCAACAGGCAGUUCUACCGAGUGGUAAUAGAGCUCAAGGCCUCGCUCGAGCAGUGGCAGCGCCCGCUCUGCUCCCUCCUCGCCUGCCUCGGCCUCAACGUCCUCCUGCUCACGCUCGGGCAAGCCGCCUGGUUCUCGCUGCUCGCCCUGCUGGUGGUGCUGCCGGCCCUGCUGGGCUACCUGCAGGAGACGUGCCGGGCCCGGCCCUCCGAGCCCGAGCUGGUGCGCAGGAGGUUCUACAGCGUGCGGCGGGAGGACCUGCGCAGGGUGCAGCUCUCCAGGCAGGAGGCCAUCGCCCAGGUCAAGGGCUUCCUGAUCCAGCUGGAGGGGUUCCUGAGCGGGAUGUGCUGCAGCUGCGAGGCAGUGUACCGUGUGCUGUACUGGGAGAACCCCACUGUCUCUUCACAGUUUUAUGGGGUGCUUUUGUGCUCUGUCUGCAUCCUUUACCUGUUGCCUCUCUGCUGGGUCCUGGCCAUCCUCAACAGUACCCUCUUCCUGGGCAACAGGCAGUUCUACCGAGUGGUAAUAGAGCUCAAGGCCUCGCUCGAGCAGUGUGUGGGCACCAAACCCCUCGAGACCACCUGCCAUGGAAGUGUGCACCCACCUUUGGAUGGGGCUUGGGGGUACAACAGAACUAGCUCUGUGCAUCUCUUGCAGGACCUUACCCCUGGCAGUGUGGAGGAGGCAGAGGAGGCAGAGCCUGAUGAAGAGUUCAAGGAUGCUAUUGAGGAGGAUGACGAGAGCUCUCAGUGCUCAGCAGAUUUUGACCUCAGCCUCCCAGACAAUGGUUUUAUGAGCAAAAACGAGGUGAUCCGCAGCAAAGUGUCCCGCCUGACCGAGCGCCUGCGCAAGCGCUACCCCAGCAACAACUUUGGGAGCUGCACGGGCUGUGCAGCCACUUUCUCCGUGCUCAAGAAGCGGCGGAGCUGCAGUAACUGUGGGAACAGCUUCUGCUCCAGGUGUUGCUCCUUCAAAGUCCCCAAGGCUGUAAUGGGAGCCACAGCCCCAGAAGCUCAGAGGGAAACAGUGUUUGUGUGUGCUCUGUGCAACCAGGUGCUCACCAAGUGA